AUGAGACACAUGUUGAGUAACAUGAGGAUACACUUCAACUCAAAAUCUUUCUGCCACACACACCUGCGUUAUUACAUGCUGAAAAACAGUGCACAAAAGGGAAUACUGAGCAACAUCACUUAAACUACUUAGUUUAUAUUUUACAUGUUAAAAAGCAACUAAAUUGCAACUGAACUGAGCACAGAAUGAAGGGCAUCGUGGUUAUGUGCUGUAUAAGUUUUCUUCUGUGUCUAGUGGCUAUGGUUAAAGGUGAUGAAGACUACACUGAGGAUGAAGAAAUGAUAUUGUCUCUGAUUCGGCAGGAUGACAGCCAGCCUGAGGCAGAAGGACCGUCAGCCCAAUUUUACAGGUGCACUAAGGAUGCGUGGCGCAUGCCGGGUCAGUAUAUUGUGGUGAUGCGAAAGGGAACGCACGUGAAUCAGGUGGAGCGCACUGCGCGCAGACUCCGCGCCAAAGCAGCAAAACGCGGAUACCUGAUCGAUAUAACGCUGACGUAUUCUGAAGCAUUCAAAGGAUUUCUAGUUAAGAUGAGCAGCGAUGUUCUUCACAUGGCAGUGAAGCUGCCCCAUGUGGAAUACAUUGAAGAGGAUUCCUCUAUUUUUGCUCAGAGUAUCCCUUGGAACCUGGAGCGCAUUCUUCAAAACAAACAUAAAACUGGAAAAUAUUCACCACCCAAUGAUGGUGCACAGGUUGGGGUAUUUCUCAUGGACACAAGUGUUCACGUGAAUCAUCGUGAGAUUGAGGACAGAGUGAUGGUGACGGACUUCAGCAGUGUGCCAGAGGAGGAUGGGGUCAGAGUUCACAGAGAGGCUAGUCAGUGCGAUAGUCAUGGCACACACAUAGCAGGUGUGGUAAGUGGGCGGGACUCGGGUGUAGCUCGGGGUGCCAGUGUAAACAGUGUUCGAGUGUUGAACUGCCAAGGGAAGGGUACCGUGUCAGGAGCUUUGGCAGGUCUGGAAUAUAUUCAGUCGUCUCUGAUGGCACAGCCUAUCAGUCCUGUGAUUGUUCUGCUGCCAUUCGCAGGUGGAUUCAGUCGAACCCUCAACACGGCUUGCAGAAAAAUGGUUGAAUCUGGUGCUGUGCUUAUUGCUGCAGCUGGUAACUACAAAGAUGAUGCUUGCCUUUAUUCACCAGCCUCUGAGCCUGAGGUUAUAACAGUUGGGGCUAUUAAUUUUGGUGACCAGCCACUGAGCACAGGGACGACAGGCACUAAUGUGGGCCGCUGCGUGGAUGUGUUUGCACCUGGUGAUGACAUCAUCAGUGCAUCAAGUGAUUGUCCCACCUGUUUCACAACCAAGAGUGGAACGUCACAGGCAGCAGCACAUGUCACAGGUAUAGCAGCGGUGCUCCUUAACCUCAGUCCAAACUCCAGCUCUGCUGAGGUUCUGCAACAGCUUCUCUAUCAUUCUGUCAAAAAGAUCAUUAGCCCAGAUUCUCUGCCACAGACCCACCGAUUCACUACACCAAACGUGGUGGUCGCCCUGCCAGACCUGACCUUCAAACUUACAGUGGAUGAGCUGCUCUGCCGCUCUGUUUGGUCUGAGAUGUCGGGGGCUGCAGGUUUUGCAACAGCCAUGGCACGCUGUCGCCAUGGCGAAGAGAUGCUGGGCUGUUCCAGUUACUCGAUUAAGGGAGGACGAGCUGGAGAAAGAGUAGAGGAGAGAGAUGGAAAGAAAGAGUGUGUUGCUGUCAAUGGAAAUGGAGGGCAAGGUGUGUAUGCUGUAGCUCGCUGCUGCACAGGACAUAAGGCUCAAUGCCAGAUGACGGAGAGUCCACAGAAAGGAGCGCAAGCAGAAUGUCUCAAUACAGACCAUCAGCUUACAGGCUGUAGUUUUUUCUCUUCGUCCGGAGACAAGCUGAACUUAGAUCGAUCUUUGCACGCCAUCCCCAGGGCAUGUCCAGCUAGAAGGGGUGUGAUUUCAUACGCUUUCUGCUGCUCUGCCCCUUCUCUCGAGUGCCACCUGAAAGAACACGACUCAGUGGGCUUGAGCGAGCAGGUGGAGGUUUCAUGUGAUGAUUCAUGGACAUUAACAGGCUGUCAGGCUCUGUCACAUGGUUCUGUCAUAUACGGGGCAUAUGCUGUGGGAAACACAUGUGUAGUUACAUAUACAGCUGGAGGGGAUAGAGGUGCAGCUGCCAUCGUCACCUGCUGCAGGCACCGCCCAUUCCAACAACCUGAUGACAUCACAACCACUGAAGACCUCCCUGAUGUCUGAGGAGAAACAUAUGAAGCAGCUUCCUUUCCGCAUUUUAGAGAUGCAAGACGUAACCAAAGACUGCAAUAUAACAUUUGAUGGUUUGAGGACAGUUCAGUUUGGAGGAAUAUCAUUUAAGGAAUUACAGGUUAUAAAAGCUAAAUGGCUUCUAACCGUAUUAACCCUGGAGCAUCAGAAAUGACUUUAUCGUUCUCUGAUGUGCAGUAAAUCAUUGUAGUGUUGUCUGCAUUUGCCAAACAAUACAAUUCAACCCUGUUACCAACAUUAUAAUUUUACCAACAUGAAAUAUAAAUAGCUCAGUUUUAAUAAUACUGUUUAUCAAGAACUAAAAACCAACAUUUAGGUGCGGUUUUGCGGACAGGGCUUAUCCUAGUCUCAGCCUAAAAUGCAUAUUUGAGCCUUAAAGGGGACAUAUCAUGAAAAUCUGACUCUUUCAUGUUUAAGUGCUAUAAUUGGGUCCCUAGUGCUUCGAUCAACCUAGAAAAUGUGAAAAAGAUCAACCCAGUAACUUUUUGGUAAACAAUUCUCUACAAGCAUUGAAAUUUGGCUCCCCUUGUGAUGUUAGAAGGGCUCACACCUACAAAGUGGCAAUUUUAAUAUUAUAAUGAAUUAUCUAUUUGGUAUGUUGAGCUAGAACUUCAAUACUUACUCUGGGGACACCAGAGAUUUAUUUUACAUAAAAAAAUUCCCCUUUAAUUGAAAAACCACCUUGUACCGACAUCUUAAAGCAACACUAAAGAGUUUUUGCUCUUUGCUCCCCCUACAGGUUGGAAGCGGAAUUGUCCAUUACCACUGUCGUAAAUAAUUUAGCCUACUGCAGCAAAGCUGGCUCUGAUUGGAUUGUAGGUCUGCCGUAAAGCAAGUUUUUGUAGUUUUUACUCGAACUACAGGACCUCGACUCGACGGAUGGAAACUUCUUUAGUGCGGUUUUGGCCAAUAGAGGGCUGCAAAGCGAAUGUGCCGUUCACCCUUGGAUGAACGACUGAAACUUUUUUCGAAAUGUUAUUUUAAGGUAAAAAAACUCUUUGGUGUUGCUUUAAAGGAGUAGUCCACUUUAAAGAUGGGGUCCAUUGACUUUUUAUAGUAGGAAAAAAAACACUAUGGUAAGUCAAUGGGCCCCAUCUAUAAAGUGGACUACUCCUUUAAAGGAAAACACCACAUUUUUUCAAUAUUUGACUAUGUUGUUACCUGAACUUAGAUGAAUUAAUACAUACUUAUCUUUUUUCAAUGCGUGCACUUUUAAUGAUUUGUACAGCGCUUCUUGAAUGUGUUAGCAUUUAUCCUAGCCCCAUUCAUUCCUAUGGCUCCGAAUAAAAGUUUUAUUAUGUGUCACCGUACUUACUCGUGUAACUACUUGUGAACAGUCUUUAAAUAUGGAAAACAUGGAAGUGUUUGGUGGCUUCUAAAUUCAUCGCUGUUUAAAACCUAAGGAAUGAAUGGGGCUAGGCUAAAUACUAACAUAUUCACAACACGCUGUACAAAGAUUAAAAGUGCACGCAUUGAAAAAAGAUAGGUAUGUAUUAAUUCGUCUAAGUUGAGGUAAGAACAAAGUAAAAUAUUGAAAAAUGGUCCCAUUUUCCUGAGAUAUAUAUUUGUUUUUGUAAGGUAUGUUUGUAAAAAUGACUUAAAUGUCCUAAUAUAAUUAGGAUUAAUCUAAACCCUGUCCGGGAAACCGCCCCAUAGUGGUAGGCUUGCUAAACUUACAUUUAUGCAUUUGGCAGAUGUUUUUUUUUACACAGUGCAUUUAAAGUAUACUUGCGCUUUAGGCCCUUCCUGAGCUUGAUUUAUAUGCAUUUCAGGUGUAAUCGGAGUUUCAUUUUAUACAUUUUUUAUGAAAAAUGUAUAAGACAAAUCAGGGUUGGAAACAUAGUUCUGAAAAAUUUUCUUUGUUUUGAUGAACACAAAGGAAGAUAUUUUCAGAAAUGUUUGUAACCAAAUCGUAUGUGGACCCCAUUCACUUCCAUAGUAGGAAAAAAGAAUACCAUGGAAGUAAAUGGGGUCCAUGAAAGGUAUUGUUACAAACAUUCCUUAAAAUAUCUUCCUUUGUGUUCACCAGAACAACGAAACUAAUACAGGUUUAUAACAACAUGAGAUUGAGUAAAUGAUGACAGAAUUUUCAUUUUUGGGUGAAUUAUCCCUUUAAGUCCCAAAUUGUAGUAACAGGGUUGCAAAAUGUAAAACUUCAUAAAAUAAGUACAAAAGUUACCAGCUCUUAUUUGGUAAGAGCAUUUACAAACCUCUACGCAUGCACCAUGUAAACCAAUAGGAUCUUUUUUUUGGUAAAUGUAUAUUUUAUACAUUAUCCAUUUUAUACAAACACAACUUCUGUAAUGCUUUAAAAAUCACUGAUUCAGACAAAAUCACACAGCAUGUGAAAAGUUGUGCAUUCCAGUUUUAUCCGUUUUAUAUCAAAUUGUUUCAUUGUCAAACUCUGAUGUACAAAUUAAAAUGUGGCUACAACAUG